AUGCAGCUCAUCUCCCUCGCCACAGCCAGCCUGUUUCUCUCCGCCGCACUCGGAGCACUAGCCAGCCCAGCCAACCCGGAUCCGGCGAAUGCUCUCAGCGCCCGCGCUGCCUCGGACAUCAUCGGCCCCGAGAGCCUCGAAGCCCGGACUGCAGCCGCCGAAGUCGAAGUGGAAAGCGAGGAGAGCGAAAACGAUCUUGACGCACGGGCUGCAGCCCCAGCCCCAGCCCCAGCUGAGAACGCCGCGCUGGGAGUAUUCCCUGGCGAAUGCUUCUGGAAGAAGAACGAAUGCGUUUUCAAGAUGAACGGCAAAACCAAUUACGUGAAGUGCCAGACCAAGUUUGCCAACAAGAGGGUACGUAACUAA